GAUGCCAUCACAUUUGAUACCCCCUAUAGAACAAAUCUAUACAGCCUCCCAUUUGGCCUCUUCAUGGGUUUCAACAACCACUUCCAAUCUAUUGUUCUUGGUGGAUUGCUACUGACAUCAGAAAAAAACAUCAGACUUUGAAUGGGCAUUUACUAAUUUCGUUGAGAUAAUGGGUGGUAAGGCCCCUGUUACCAUGUUGACAGAUCAAUGUGCUGCAAUGGCUAAGGCAAUGAAAACAUCAAUGCAAGGAACAAAACAUAGAUGGUGCAGAUGGCAUGUCCUCAAAAAUGCUAAGGACAGAUUAGGGAAGGUAUACUCAAAGCAUAAGAGGUUCAAGCAUGAUUUCAACAAACUCAUUACCGAUGAAACAAAUAUACCUGCCUUUGAGAAAAAAUGGUGUGAAUUGGUUAAGAAAUACAAACUUGUGAAAAACAAGUUUUUAAAAAGGUUGUUCAAGCACCGUGAAAAAUGGGCAAAGCCAUACUUCAUGGGUAUCUUUUGUGCUGGUAUGACAAGCACACAACGAAGUGAAAGCGCCAACCAUAUGCUGAAAAGAUACAUCCAGCGUGCUGCUCCAAUGCACCUGUUCGUCGCCAAAUUCAAUGAAUUCCAAAGUGAUAGUAAUGACCAGGAGGGAAAGGAAGGGUUCGUCACAAACCAGGUGAAUCGAAAGAUGAGAACUGGUCUCCCAAUAGAGGAUCAUGCACAUUGGAUCAUAUUGAAUUCAUGCUUGUUGGAUAUCCUAUUUUCGAAUUCAUGCUUGUCUGAUAUCCCAUUUACAACUGUUGCUCAUCUGUAUCUAAACACCAUCGUCAAUUCCAUGUUGGCUUCUCAUAUACUUCGCAUACAAAAGAACGACGCAUGCUGA